GCCGGAAAGAGCCAAUCUGCUGGCGUGGCUGCUGCGGAGGGUGGGCCAGACCGGUCGGUGAGCUGCGGGUGUUGGCUGCAGGAAUAGAUUGAAGAAAACAUGGCCAAUCAACGGGAUUACAUUAGCAGACCUAUUUGCAAUGGAAUUUCUGUUUCUGAAAAUAAAAUCAAUUCCUUAGUGGCUGAAGGUCAUGGACAACAAAUUCUAAAAGUACUACAAAAGUUCAGAGAACAAAAUAUAUUUUUUGAUUUUAAAAUUCUUGUGAAAGAUGAAAUAAUUCCCUGUCAUCGUUGUGUACUGGCAGCAUGCAGUGAUUUUUUCAGAGCCAUGUUUGAAGUAAAUAUGAAAGAACGGGAUGAUGGCAAUGUUACUAUUAGUAACCUAUCGCCCAAGGCAGUGAAAGCUUUUCUUGAUUAUGCUUACACAGGAAAAACAGAGAUAACCAAUGAUAAUGUGGAAAUGCUCUUCCAACUGUCAUCAUUUCUUCAAGUUUCACUCCUUUCCAAAGCUUGCAGUGACUUCCUAAUAAAAAGUAUUGAUCUUGUGAAUUGCUUACAGUUGCUCUCUCUAUCAGAAAGUUAUGGGUCUGUCCGCUUGUUUGAUCAUGCGCUAGAUUUUGUACAACACCACUUUUCAUUGCUGCUCAGAUCGAGUGAUUUCUUGGAGAUGAAUUUUGAGAUACUACAAAAAUGUCUCGAGGCUGAUGAAUUAAAUGUCCCUGAGGAAGAAUCAGUGUUGAAAGCUGUCCUCCAAUGGACCAAACACAACUUAGAAACUCGGCAGAAAUACCUGCCCAAUUUGAUUAAAAAAGUAAGAUUACACCAGUUACCUGAAAAGACUUUGCAGGACUUUCUCCAUUCUGAAGAACACCUACUUAAGAGUGCUAAUUGCUCAGUAAUAAUCAAUGAUGCAGUUAAAAGUGUGCAGAACUUCAGCGGAUUGUUUCCAGAUGCACGUCCUUCAACAACAGAAAAAUACAUAUUUGUUCAUAAAACUGAUGAAGAUGGAGAAAACAGACAUACAUUCUGCUACAACAUCAAAACAGAUAAAUGGAAGGAACUACCACAUACGCACAUGAUUGAUCUGCCAGGGUCAAGUUUGUCUAGCUAUGGAGAAAAAAUAUUUAUAACUGGAGGAUGCAAGGGGAAUUGUUAUAGGACUGUCAGGCUUCACAUUGCUGAACCGUUUCAUGAUGCCACUGACCAAACCUGGUGCUACUGUCCAGUCAACAAUGAAUUCUCCAUAGUGUCAGCUAUGAAAAAACCGAGGACAAUGCACACAUCUGUUGUAACCUUAAAUCAGCUCUUUGUAAUAGGUGGAAAGACCAGAGGAGCUCAAGAAACUCGGAGUCUUUUGGAUGUAGAAUCCUACAAUCCUCUUUCCAAAGACUGGAAAUCUGUAAGCCAGUUACCAAGAGGUAUUUACUAUCCAGAAGCAAGUGCAUGCCAGAAUAUAAUUUAUGUCCUUGGCUCAGAAGUAGAGAUUACUGAUGCCUUUAAUCCAUCUCUUGACUGUUUCUUUAAGUAUAAUGCUAUGACUGAUCAGUGGUCUGAGCUUGUAGCAGAAUUUGGGCAGUUUUUCCAUGCAACUCUAAUCAAAGCUGUUCCAGUGAACUGCACAUUGUACAUAUGUGAUCUCUCCACCUACAAGGUCUACAGUUUUUGCCCAGAAACCUGUGUUUGGAAAGGAGAAGGAUCUUUUGAAUGCGCGGGCUUUAAUGCAGGGGCAGUUGGGACAGAAGACAAAAUUUAUAUACUAGGUGGUGAUUAUGCUCCAGAAGAAAUCACAGAUGAAGUUCAAGUCUACCACAGCAGUAGGUCUGAGUGGGAAGAAGUUUCACCAAUGCCAAGAGCCUUAACCGAGUUUUACUGUCAGGUCAUUCAGUUUAAUAAAUACAGGGACCCGUGGUCACCCGUACUGACAAUUUGCUCUGGAGAAUUUUGAAACUCCCAAGUCAAAAGAGUCUAUUUAAAUGCACAAGUUGUAGAACAGUUUUUUAGUAUUAGUUUACAGAUGGAGAAAUAUGUACAUGUUUGCUUAAAUUUUCAGUUUAAAUUAAAUGCUGUAGGAUUGCUUUUGGAAGAGUCCAUUAAAAUGUCAUUCAUGCUAGUCGUUAUACAGACAGUAUUACUUAAUUUUAUAUACAACUCUUCUCUGUAACUAUCAGAUUAAUUUUCAAAAUUAUAUUAA